UUUAAUUAAUCACGUGACGUGAUUGUAUACACAACGCACGUGGUGUCACAUACCACAUUUUAGGUUAAUUUCAAAUAGUUCUACUUGUAUUAAGAAUGCAGAAUCCUAAGGCAAAACGUUUAAAAAAAAGCACAAGUCAAGAGCCCCCAUUAAAGAAAAAGCAUUGGACCAACAAACAACGUGUUCUAAUUUUCUGUUCCCGAGGCAUGAAUUUUCGAUAUCGACAUCUAAUGCAAGAUUUAAAAACACUGAUACCUCACCAUCGUGCCGAGCCCAAAAUGGAACGCGCUAAAACAUUGUCAAUAGUUAACGAUAUGUGCGAAGUGAAAAACUGCAAUAAGGCGUUAAUGUUUGAAGGAAGAAGAAAAUUAGAUCUCUACAUGUGGUUGUCAAACAUUGCAGACGGCCCCAGUGUAAAAUUCGCAGUUGAUAAUAUUCAUACAAUGGGAGAGCUGAAACUGACGGGAAAUUGCCUGAAGGGUUCGCGACCACUACUUAGUUUUGAUCCUAAAUUUUCCGAAUCACCUCACUACUCGCUCCUGAAGGAACUAUUUAUACAAAUCUUCGGUGUACCAGAUAAACAUCCGAAAAGCCAACCGUUCUUCGACCACGUGUACACAUUUACAAUCUUAGACGAUCGAAUAUGGUUCAGGAACUUUCAGAUAUUGUCCGAAGAUGGCGCGCUAACGGAAAUCGGACCUCGCUUCGUUUUAAAUCCCGUCAAAAUAUUCGCAAGCAGCUUCGGCGGUUUGCCUUUGUGGGAAAAUCCGAAGUACGUCAGCCCGGCCAAGUAUAGACGACACAUGCAAUUGUCCCUUAAAAAAGAUAAAUACAUGUCUAAGAAGCAACAGAAGCUAAGAGCGGAAGCAAAUAAACCGACUAAAAGUUACGACUUAAAUCCAUUGGAUGAUGUUUUUAAACAGCUACCUACAGAUGAUGAUGUAGUAGUUUGAAAAAUGAAUUCAGUUUGAAUAUAUUAAGUAACAAUGCAAUGUAUUGAACAUGGUUUUAUUAAAGUGUACUGUAUAAAAAUAAGAACAAUCUGAAA